UAUUAAUUUCCGUGUCCAGAAUCUCCCAUCAUCAUCUUAAUAUCGAUUUGACUCUUCAACUGCUUAAUUGAUCACAGUACGACUCAUCAUCGUCUCUGUCGAAAAUGCCUUCUCUCAAUAUUCUCAAACUGCCGUAUUUCACUCCCGAGAAGCAGCUACCUGCUCCUCUCCCUGAUCCCGAAUUCCUUCGGGAAGACCAGUAUCCACUCGAUAUUCUUAGAGGAGUUCGCAUCGGUAACCAUUAUGUAGCCAGGUAUGGACUCGACCCAGUGGCCGGCCCUCUCGAGGCCGUAAACAUGCUCAUUGUAAGUAAAUAUACAAAGAUCCCCAUCCCGACUUUAUACGCGGCCUACUGGCACGAGCACCAGGGCAUCCGGAGCUUUGUUAUGGUCACGGAAUACGUCCCAGGACACACCAUCAGGGAACACGCCGGCAACGACGCAGACCGCCUAAAACCGCUGGUCCCUUCCAUCACCGAGCAGCUCCGCUGCGCUCUCUCGCAGCUGCGGCGCAUCCCGCACGCCGGCUUCUACGGCCCCGUAGGCGACGAUCCGGCGCUGCGCUCCAAACAGUUCCGGUCUGCGACCGAGGUGCGGAACGCGCGUUUCGACGAGUACAUACCGGAGUAUCGUGGCGAGCCCGACGACCUGUCGAGGCGGUACACGAAGAGGCGGGCGGCUGCCAAAAAGCAGUUCUGCAUGGGCCUGUCUACCGGCGACGCGCCGGUCUUCACGCACGGCCGGCUGGACAUGUGGGCGAUCAAGGUGCGGCUGGACGGCAACAUUUGCAUUACUAGGUGGGGCUCUGCUGGGUUCUACCCGCCCGAGUUUGAGUAUAUGCGAGCUGAGAGUAUGGGCGAGGGUUGUGAGGUGUGGAAGGAUAUCCUAGCUGCUUUCCCCGAAAACGCUUCCGACGAGCGGUACGACUUGAUCGAGAAUAUAUUCCACGAGUAUGAGGAUAUGAUGGAGAUUAAGCAUGAACUUAUGUUGAAGGAGUUUGACGAAAUGGGGUUGUCUUGUUGAGUUUAGAUAUACUUUAUAUGUGAUGGUGAUGAUGAUGAUGAUGAUGGCUUCGAUUAUUUAUCAACUUCGUAUUGAUUCCUGGGCGAUAAAUUAACUAAAGAUUAAAAAAACAAUAAUAAUAAGAGUAUAAAAUAG